CUAAACGAUCGCAGAUCAACGGUAUGAACCUGCAGCUAUGAAUCCCAGCUCGACUGGCCACAACAGGGAACAGCAAAGAGGAGCAUGAACUGUGAUCAUCUUAUCCAAAUCAUUGACUUCUGCCCAAAGGCUUUACACAAUCCAGAGCACUAUGAUUAGUGAUGCUUCAAGUACAGCAGAAUACUAUGGGGACAGUGCCUCAGUGGUGUCUCAGGAUUCCAGUGUGUUCUUCAGUGAACCCCCUCCACCAACUGACAAUCCUCUGGACUUUUUUAUCAUUAAUGUCGGUGGAAGCCGCUACAUUCUCUCUCAGGAGCUGCUGGCCUCUCACCCUGAGACACGCCUGGGCAAGCUGGCACUCUCCACCCAAGAUUCAGCUUUAGACCUGUGUGAUGAUGCAGACUUUCGUGAAAAUGAGUACUUCUUUGACCGCAAUUCUCAAACCUUUCAAUACAUCAUGAACUUUUACAAGACAGGCCAUCUGCAUGUUAGAGAGGAACUGUGUGUGUUCUCCUUCCUGCAAGAAAUUGAAUAUUGGGGUAUUGAUGAGCUUUGCAUAGACCACUGUUGCAGGGACAGGUACUAUCGCAAGAAGGAGAUGAAAGAAUCCAUAGAGAUUGAAAAUGAUGUUGAAAUGAAUGGUGUAGAGGAUGAUUUCAGUGGAGUACUGUGUGAGGACAUUCGCCGGCAUCUCUGGGACCUCAUGGAGAAGCCAGAUUCGUCCAAGGCAGCAAAAAUGUAUGGGACGUUGUCUAUGUUUUUUGUGAUUGUGUCCAUCGUGAACAUGGCUCUGAUUUCUCUGGACUUUACUAUCCUCGGUGCACCUGUCUUGGAUAUUCUUGAGUACAUCUGUAUCGUGUGGUUCACAGGGGAGCUGCUGCUCAGGUUCAUGUGUGUGAAGGACAAAUGUAAAUUUAGCAGGAGUGUGGUGAACAUCAUUGACCUGCUGGCCAUACUGCCUUUCUAUAUCACCCUAGCAGUGGAGAAUCUGCAUGGAGGCUCAACAGAAUUGGAGAAUGUGGGACGAGUAGUACAGGUUCUCCGACUGAUGAGGUUUCUCAGAAUGCUGAAACUUGGACGUCAUUCCACAGGUCUGAAGUCUUUGGGCAUGACGAUAGCGCUGUGCUAUGAGGAGGUGGGCCUGCUGAUGCUCUUCCUCUCCGUGGGAAUUUCCAUAUUUGCCAUGGUGGAGUAUGCCAUUGAGCAUGACAUGCCUGAGACUACUUUCAUCAAUGUGCCUUGCGCCUGGUGGUGGGCCACCACAUCCAUGACCACUGUGGGUUAUGGGGACAUCCGCCCAGAGACAGCCAUUGGCAAAGUCAUAGCUUUCAUCUGCAUUCUUUCAGGCAUCCUUGUCCUUGCUCUUCCCAUUGCCAUUAUCAACGACCGCUUCUCGGUCUGCUACUUCACUCUGAAGAUGAAAGAGGUAGCGCUACGGCACAGUGAAGCACUGAAGCGUCUGAAGCGCAACUCAACCUCAGAUGGGAUGCAACCAGCCAUAGGGUUAAACCUGCGUGAUGCCUACGCUCGCAGUGUGCUAGAACUGCUACGGCUGUACAGCAGAGAGAGGACAAGUACACGCAGCAGUGCAGGAGAAGAUGUCUGGUGA